AUUAGCGGAAUUGUCCGUCCAAAAGUUAGCCGUAAUCAGCAGCAGCAGGAAGUAGAAAUAGAGUUGGAAAAAUACCAAAUAAUCAACGAAACCAAACUUUUACCUUUUGAAAUCAAGGAUGAAAUAAAUAUUAAUGAAGACACCCGCUUCCGUUAUCGUUAUUUAGAUUUACGACGCAACAUUAGCAAGAAACCUCUUAUUCCCAAAAUUCCCCUGAGGGUGCUAAUUGCUUCGUGGUCCCCCGCUGCACUGGGAAAGCAAAGAUAUUAUACUUUGCCGCAAUCGCCCCAAAUGUUUAAGCAGUUGCUAAUGAUGAGCGGUUUUGAUAAACAUUAUCAAAUUGACAAAAGUUUUCGUAAUGAGGAUGCUCGCAGUAAUCGCCAAAUUGAAUUCUCGCAGUUAGAUUUAGAAAUGAGUUUUACUUCCACAAAAAAAAUAAUGAAAUUAACAGAAAAGUUUUUGAAAAAUGUCUUAAAAAAGUCCUUUAACUGCCAAUUAAAAACUCCCUUUACUAUCUUAACUUACCAGCAAGCAAUAGAAAAAUAUGGUACUGAUAAACCUGAUUUGCUUUGCAACGGAGAAGAGGUAUUAAGUGGUGGUUUGCGGAUUUAUCAACGAGAAUUACAAGCAAAAGUUUUCACAAUUUUGGGUUAUAGUCCACAAAAACAAGAAAAGUAUUUUGGUUAUUUUUUACAAGCUCUAGAAUUUGCCGCUCCUCCCCAUGGAGGAUUUGGUUUAGGAAUUGACCGUCUGCUAGCCAUAAUUCUUAAUUUAAAAAGUUUAAAAGAAGUCAUUGCUUUUCCCAAAAACAUUGAUGGUAGUUGCUCCUUAACCGGAACUCCUAACUACUUUGAAAAGUAA